AUGUCUUUCUUUUCUGGAAACGAGACGUCUGGUUCACACAAAUCCCCCACCACUCACAGCCCUCGCCCAGGUCUCACUAGACGUGACUUGUUCCACUCCACACCUAGGAGCGACAGCGAAAACGAUAGUGACAAUAUCAACAAGCUGAGCAAGGGUGUACGGAAUCAUGGUCCACUCAAACAAAAAGCCACCGAGGCAGUUCGCGGCCAACACGAAGGGAAGGCGCCAAGAAAGCCCCUGCAAAAACCCGGUUCCUUGAUCAUACCUUUUGCGAAGCCUGCGGCGAUCAAAUUCAAGCCAAGACUUUUUCCGACCACCACCUGGGCGCCAAAUUCUGCAAGCAAAGCACGCUCCUACAAUGACCUUGGUAGCAGUUCUGAGUCUACCUCAGCAGCACCAUACGAUCCGCUUCAAGACCUUUCAGACAACAUGGAUGCAGUCGUUAAAUCUGUAGACGAGCAUGCCCUUGGAGGAGCCAGCGUGAGUGUUCUAAAGCUGGUGAAAUAUGUAAAGGAGUGGCGAGGUACAGUCAACAAAGUCGUCCGUGCCAUUCAAACAGCCGAGGACCAGCGGAUCAAAGAUCUCAAUGCACAACUGGAUUUCGAUCGCGAAAUCGAGCAAGUGCACCAAAACACGAUUAAUAAUCUUCUUGAUGAAGCAUGGUUGGCAGAGGUGCGCAAGAGUGAGUGGGAGUGGCAGAAGAAGAUGGACGUGCAACAGCAGGUGAUCAACUCUCAGCAGCAACCAAACAAAGCCCUUGUCCAACCGUGUGCCACAGAUACACAAUACCCAUGCUCCCAAGAUAAAACCAGUAGCCGGAUUGAGGAGAUGAACACGCCCGAGUCAACUCGUGCGGCUACCACUACGCAACUGGAGACGCCUCAUGAAGACAAAGUCAGCCUCCUCAUUCAGAAGGCGAAGCAUCUGUCCAAUCUCGGCACACAGCCCUAUGGGGUGCAGAAAACUAAAGAUGAUGAAAGCGGCCACAAAGAAAACGCUGUGACGUCAAUGGCGCUGAACAUGGCAUUGAUGCAGGGUGGUACGCAUAUGAGCAGUCAUACAAUUCGUUCAGAGCCUUCAAGUGUGACGCGAGCAGACAAAACGGUUACCAACAACAAGCGGAAUAAUGACCAUUGGCCAUCAGCUACAUACUCGGGAGAUAGAAUUUCUCCUGGCAAGCACAAGCUGGAAGAUGUUCACAGAGCCACGAGCACACUUGAGAAUGCUAAUUGGUCGCGAAAGAGAGCAAGGACUGCUGUGACCAGAUAA